AUGGUAUCUUCAAUGACCAUUGAAACCUACUUGAUAGGGGAUAUCCUGACCCCCGAUCAGGUGUGUGGGGACGUGGCCAGCGUACUGGAUGGUGUUACCCACUGUGAACGAUCUGGGUAUACGCAUGCUUUUGCCGAACAACUUUGCUUCAAGGUGUUUGAGACAAAAUUGACAUGGCAUGACUCCAGGGAUAGAUGUGAAGAAGAUCAUGGCCGACUUAUCGUAUUCAUGAACUCUAUACAGACAGAAUAUUUCAUGAACCUAGGCAUAGGAAAUUUACCUAGGCUUUUCUGGAUUGGAUUAUCUAACCCUGACAAGAACAGCAAUUGGCGAUGGGUAGAUGGCAGCACCUUCAGUUCCUCGGUUUGGCACCUGGUACAGUUUAAUGGCUAUGAUUCUGGCUUCCCCCGCGAGCCGUUCAGCGCUGACUGUGCGGCACUUAACCAGUACUCCAAAUACAUUAUUGAUAGUAACUGUAAAGCCAACAUGAUCUUUGUGUGUGAAAGACCACAGUUACUUUGA